CCUAUUUAAGGUUGGAUGGGCUCUUGGAGUAUAAAACCGAACGACAGCAAACGGGGUAAUAGUUCCAGUUUUUGCUGCAUAAGAGAUUGUACAGUUUUACUUGAUUUUAAUUUAGCCUAUAACAUGGAUAUACGGUGCUUUACGUUUGCCUUGAUUUUGGCUGCUACAGCAGCAAAUGUCGACAGCACCAUGCGCCGUGACGAGGAUUUGGAAGGCAUUGUGAAUAAGCUGCUGUACAGAUCAGAAUUCCCAAUGAAGAUUGAGGACAAGCGAGGAUGGGAACCGAUCACUUUCCAGAGACAAAGACUGGCACUAUCAAAGCGAGGCUGGGAAGCGCUGCCUCUCUAUCGACGUAGAAAUUUCCACCAUAAGCGGGCAUGGGAAUCUCCCAUGGUGAAAUUUGGCAAGAGAACGAAUCUUUUCCCGUUUGUGGAUACAUAUCGUUUUUCUGACUCUGUUGGACCCAGUUGUUGUUCGGGGGAUUUGUCCGCGGGGUGCUGCCGUUUCUGUGAGUCCAGGAUCUCCGUCCCUCUCCUGCUUGACCCGUCAAUCAAGACCCAAGAGCCGUGCCAAUGUUGUGACAUGUCGGAGGAAUUCUGUACAAUGUGCUCCGUUUUGAAAUAAAGACAUCGUACGAUAGCAAAUCCAUCAAGUAGUUUCUUGUUGGGGUUUGUUAUUGCAUGCACUGAUAAACGUCGCCCAAAGAAUGGACCGAAAACCCUAGCAUAUAUUUUUUAUCUGAUAAUAAACCUUACCAUGUAGUUAAGGCCAGGUAUUGGAGUUUCAGUCACGUAGAAAACAAUGAUUAAUGUAAAAACACUCAAAAUGUAUCUCGAGAACGUGCAUAUCGAGCACCCGAUAUAUGUGUCGAACACUCUAUUCAAUCCAAAGACUGUUAGCAUCGUACUGCAUUCGACCAGUCGAUGACCGCCACGCUACAUUUCCUUCACAACACUGCACCGGGCGGCUGACCACGUCUGGCUGUCUGUUCCAUGAAAUACACUUUGAUAAAUUUACUACAACGUAAGCUUUGUACCCAUUGUUGAUUAAAAAAGAAGUUUUAAAA